UGCACUCCGUUCACGCAUCGGGUAUUUAAACUCGAGAUGGUGCCGGGGAAGCUCCCACCGCUCUUUGCCUCUUUGGCGUCCAGGCGAAGCGAAAGACCGAGCGUUUUCCCGGAGCUCUUUCGACAAGAGACGGAAGAGAAACCCUAGGGUUAGGGUUCCGUCACCAUGGCCGGUGCUAGCAUACACCCGUACCACCAGCAGUGGAUGCCACCGCCGCAGGCGCAGCCGGCGGCGGCGGCGGCCCCUCCCAUACCCGUCGAAAACCCUAAUCGCUCCGCCACCGACGAUGUUCGGACGAUCUUUAUCUCGGGUUUCCCGGGGGACGUGAAGGAGAGGGAGCUCCACAAUCUCUUAAGGUGGUUGCCGGGCUUCGAGGCAUCGCAGAUCAACUUCAAAGGGGAGCAGCCCAUGGGUUUCGCCCUCUUCUCUUCUCCUCAGCACGCCAUGGCAGCAAAAAACGCUCUUCAGGACUUGGUCUUCGAUGCUGAAACAAAGUCUGUCUUGCACACGGAGAUGGCAAAGAAGAAUCUUUUCGUCAAGAGAGGUGUAGUUGCCAACUCAAGCUCCCUUGACCAGAGUAAACGCCUGCGAACUGGUGGGGACUAUAAUUAUGCAAGCUAUCCAACUCCUCCUUUUCACCCUCCACCACCUCCAGUUUAUGGAACCCCAGGAUAUAUGGCUCCACCUGCUCCAUAUGACCCAUAUGGAGGUUAUCCAGUACCUCAAGUGUCCAUGCAUACUCCUGCUCCUAUGCCAGCACCCAGUGGUUAUGCUCCUAUUCAGAAUACAAAAGACAAUCCUCCAUGCAAUACUCUUUUUAUUGGUAAUCUUGGCGAGAAUGUAAAUGAGGAAGAACUUAGGGGCCUUUUUAGUGGGCAACCUGGUUACAAACAAAUGAAAGUUUUGCAUCAGGAGAGAAAUACUGUUUGCUUCAUUGAAUUUGAUGAUGUGAACAGUGCUACAGCUGUUCACCAGAAUCUGCAGGGUGCUGUUCUACCUAGCUUGGGUCGUGGUGGCAUGCGAAUACAGUUUUCGAAGAACCCUUUUGGAAGAAGGAAGGAUACAGUCAAUGGCUCUGCAGCUGAGCACAAUGUAGCUCCCACUACCUACCAGCAGUAACUUGAAGGGAUGUAUCUUGCUCCUUAAGCUUCCCUUGUGGAGAUAACAGAAUAGGAAAUGGGUCCCAUCAUGGAAAUUAUGCUGUUGCAUCCUACAUCAUAAGUUAUCAUCAGCAUCCUGACUGAAUACAUCAUGAGUGCCAUUACCAUCUUCCAUGAGUCGAAGUCACUUGGGGCAUCAUGAACUGUUAUUAAAUGUGCAUUGGCAUUGUCAGCAUGGUUAACUAGUGUUUUCUUAGCUUUAAUUAUGUGCACUUGAUGUGGACAAAGUGAUCUGUUUUUUAGAUGUGCAUUGACGACAUCAUUGACAUGGAUAAUUAUUACCUCUUCAAUUUUAUCUAUGUAUGCAGUUGAAGGAUGCAUAUUUUGCUUGAUUCAUCAUAUAAUAUGCUGGAAGCUGGCCAUGCUUGCAUCAGCCUUAGAAUUUAAUCUUCUAGCAGCACCUUACCCUCUCAGUUCCAUUACAUUGGAAGAUGAUGCUCAUGCUCAAGUCGUCUCAUGGCAUAUUUAUAGCUCAAAAAUGUGGAGCAUUAUCAUCAAUUCAUAUUUACCAGUUCUCCAUCCAUUCUUCUGUUUAGCAUGAAACUGAUCAGUAUGUUCUUACCUCCAGGCUAAGCAUAAAGCCAAAAUUGGAAAGAUUUGCUGGUGUGAUCUGUAUGCAGGAUUUGUUUUACAGAUGAUGAAGCGCCUUACAAAUGGUAGGACAUGGGGGCAGUCAGAGCUUGCUGUCUAUAAUUUCAUGUACGGAGGUGCAAGUUGCUCUAAACAUGCAUGCCCCCAGAUGGAGUUUUGGCUCAGGUAUGGCUUGCUCCUUAGAUGAUGGAUUGUUGCUCAGAUUCCAAGGUGGUCCCACUAAUAGCAACAACUGAUUAACAUGAAACUAGCAUUCUGCACGUGCUAGCAAGAAUAAGAAUUUUUUAUAUAAAAAUAUUUUUAUUUUAAAAAUAAUAUAUAUUGGUUUAAUAUUUCAAUCCAUGAUUUUUUUUUUUGAUUAUAGAAGCUUAGUUACAAUCAAAAAGUUUAAGUGAAACUUCCAAUUGAAAAAAGUAAAUUAGAAAACUUUUAUUUUGGUAAAAUUCUAGAAAAGAUAUAUAUUUUCCAGAGAUUAGGCAAGAGGAGUCUUGUUGGUUUGAAAUUGGUGAUAUGGGCUCGGAUUUUCUAUGAUUUUCUAGGUUUUUUUUUUUUUUUGAAGUUUGGAGAGGGUAGAGCUUUCUCUGUCCUAUCCCUUUUAUAGGAAUGGAGGCUAGCCAGAGGGUUCUUUUCGUUCUUUAUUACAUGGAUUUCUAGUUAUGACUAUGUGAUCAUAGCUGGUAACCUGGUCAGCAUUUUGGAGAAAUUGGUGUCGCCCUAACCGGUGCAACCCUGGUAUCUGUAGAACAGUUUUGGUGGAUGUACAUUACCUGAUUCUCAGGUGCUAAAUCACUCAUUAAAGAAUUCAAUGUUCAGAAUAUUGAAUUUUAAACAUCGUUCUGGCAAAUAGUUGUCAUAGGUCUAUCUUACACCAUCUUGUAAGGGAUGCUGGGCAAAAGCAAGGUCUUGCUGCGAAGCUUGCCAUACUUGAUUUCAGAGCCAUCACCAAAAUUUGUCAGUGUGACACCAGUAGUCCAGUCGAGUAAUCUGUUAGAUUUUUUUUUCAUGUUUUUUUUUGUGGUUGGAUUUGGGGGUGGGCCGGCGUGCUUGCAGGCUUUGAAGUGGCGGGCAGUUUGCUUCCUGUUCUAAUGCAUAUGUUUCCCUCUUAAGAUGAAUACCCUGUUAGGGAGCUGUAUAUAUCUACACCCAUUCCUUAAUAUCACGGUAGAAGCGUUUAUGAUAAAAAGACGAGUUUUGUAAGGCCUCGUAAGGCUGAGGCUAAGAUAGUUCAGUGACCAAGAGAUUGUAACUUUAAACAAGAAUUAUGUCUUGUACUAGAACAUUUUUCAAACGACAAA